UUCACGUUGGUAACAUUGUGAGUUAACCUGUCAGAAGUGAACCAGCAGAUCUCGGCUGACCAGAAGACGAUUAGUACACGCAAUUUACGAUCGAGCAAUUUUAUCCAAGCUCAAUUUCAAAACGAAACCAAAAAUUCUCGUAGACGACGUCUGUCCGGAAUUCAUAUUCUCGGUCCACCUAAAAAUAAUAUUCCAGAAGCGGCUUGGUAUGCGGUGGUAAACAUCGACAGACUUUCCAGGAGAAUCGUAGUAGCAAGUAGUAACACUGACGCUGACCAGACAAGCUCACAAGAAUAGGAUGUCAGGGCAUAGAGGCUCUGGUGGGGCUGGGAGUCACCAAGGUGGUCCUCCAGGGCUUAAACAGAUAGAUCUUGAUCAAAUUUGGGGUGAUUUGAAGGAAGGCAUAGAGCAAGUCUAUAACAGACAAUGUAUGUCCAAACCAAGAUAUAUUGAGCUCUAUACACAUGUGUAUAACUAUUGCACGAGUGUACAUCAACAGCUUACAAGAACUUCUACAAAAAGUAAAAAGGGCCAAGUUACAGGUGGCGCACAACUGGUUGGUUUGGAGUUGUACAAGCGUCUUCGAGAUUUUCUUAGGAAUUAUCUUAUUAGUCUACUGAAGCAUGGUAUCGACUUGAUGGACGAAGAUGUUCUUCAAUUCUACACGAGACAAUGGGAAGAGUAUCAAUUCAGCAGUAAAGUCUUAAAUGGUGUGUGUGCUUAUCUAAAUCGUCAUUGGGUCCGUCGGGAAUGUGAAGAAGGGCGUAAAGGAAUAUAUGAGAUCUAUCAACUAGCGCUAGUUACGUGGCGAGACAAUUUAUUCAAGCAUCUGAACAAACAAGUGACUAAUGCAGUAUUGAAGCUGAUUGAACGAGAACGGAAUGGUGAAACGAUAAAUACGCGUCUGGUUAGUGGAGUAAUUAAUUGUUAUGUUGAGCUAGGUCUUAACGAGGAAGAUCCUGGUGCCAAGGGACAGAAUCUUACAGUUUAUAAGGAUUCCUUUGAAAAUGUCUUCCUUGAAGACACUGAACGUUUUUAUACUCGCGAAAGUACCGAAUUUCUUCGUCAGAAUCCAGUUACAGAAUACAUGAAAAAGGCUGAACAAAGGUUACUGGAGGAACAAAAACGCGUUCAGGUUUAUUUGCAUCAGACAACCCACGAGAGAUUAGCAAAAACGUGUGAGAAAGUUUUGAUUGAAAAACAUCUGGACAUCUUUCACUCGGAAUUUCAAAAUCUACUGGAUGCAGACAAAAAUAUUGACCUAGGAAGGAUGUAUCAGUUGGUUGCGAGGAUACCAAAUGGUCUUGGUGAGCUGCGAAAUCUUCUUGAGACUCACAUAGCCAAUCAGGGUCUGGCAGCCAUUGAUAAGUGUGGUGAUUCAGCCGCAAAUGAUCCUAAGGUAUAUGUCAACACAAUAUUAGAAGUUCAUAAAAAGUACAACGCCUUGGUCUUGGUAGCAUUCAACAAUGAUAGCGGCUUCGUAGCAGCUUUAGAUAAGGCUUGUGGUCGAUUCAUUAACAGCAAUUCAGUAACUAAAGCUGCAAAUAGUAGCAGCAAAUCUCCGGAACUUUUAGCAAGGUAUUGCGAUCUGUUGUUAAAGAAAAGCAGCAAGAAUCCUGAAGAAGCUGAGCUGGAAGAUACACUUAACCAAGUUAUGGUUGUAUUUAAAUACAUAGAGGACAAAGAUGUAUUUCAAAAGUUUUACAGCAAGAUGUUAGCGAAGCGAUUAGUGCAGCAUAUGUCCGCUAGCGAUGACGCUGAGGCUUCUAUGAUCUCGAAACUGAAACAAGCCUGUGGAUUCGAGUAUACUUCAAAAUUGCAACGCAUGUUCCAGGAUAUUGGGGUCUCAAAGGAUCUGAACGAACAAUUUCGAAGGCAUUUGACGAACUCAGCAGAGCCAUUGGACAUUGACUUUAGUAUCCAAGUACUGUCGUCUGGUUCUUGGCCAUUUCAACAGUCUGUUACAUUUUCCCUGCCUACGGAGCUGGAACGAUCUGUACACAGGUUCACAACCUUCUACAGUUCUCAGCACAGCGGAAGAAAACUUAAUUGGCUGUAUAACAUGUCUAAAGGGGAAUUACAUACAAAUUGUUUCAAAAACAGAUAUACGUUGCAAGCAUCCACUUUUCAAAUGGCUGUUCUUCUUCAAUACAAUGGAGCCACUAUGUGGACAAUACAACAGUUGCAUGAUGCAACACAAAUUAAAAUGGAUUUUUUAUUACAGGUCAUUCAAAUUCUUCUGAAAGCUAAAUUGUUAACGGCUGCCACCGAUGACGAGACGGAAUUAACUCCAUUAUCCACAGUAGAGCUUUUUACUGGAUACAAAAACAAAAAAUUAAGAGUAAAUAUCAACAUGCAAAUGAAGACAGAACUCAAGGUAGAACAGGAAACAACUCAUAAGCAUAUAGAGGAAGACCGAAAGCUUUUGAUUCAGGCGGCAAUCGUCAGAAUUAUGAAAAUGCGAAAGGUCUUGAAACACCAACAACUCGUUGCCGAAGUACUCAAUCAGCUGAGUUCUAGGUUCAAGCCGAGAGUUCACGUCAUUAAGAAAUGUAUAGAUAUUUUAAUUGAGAAGGAGUAUCUGGAGAGAACAGAAGGUCAGAAGGACACCUAUAGCUAUCUGGCAUGAUCUGCCGAAUCGAUACAGCGAUACAGCAGUAACCAUAUACAACAGAAAAGAACCGGGGACUGUGACCCCACAAUGCUAAUGUUGCAGCACACCUUACGAUAUUUAUUUAUGUCGCAGCUAAUUCUUUCCUAUUCUUUUGUUCUUAGCUCUUUUUAUUUCCUUUUUUGUUCUAAUCGUGUUCCGCCUCCCCCUGUUUAAUCCUGCAUAUGGAAGUCAUUGUACCCUGUGUUGUGUCCGACCGCAUUUAGAAACUGGUUUUUAUAAUUGUUAAUAAAAUUAUUUAAUAGUCAUGCCAUAGAAGUGUUUGCAAAACGCCUCUGUCAUUUAUUCUUCAUUUAUGAUUUUCUUUUCAAUGCGCUCCGCUAUACUUCUGAUCAAUGGGAAUAAAAUCAAUGUCCCUUCUUAUACCUAAUUUCAAGUUCAUUAAAACCAGUCUCUGAACAAUACUUAUUGACCAAUAAUGGUACUAUUUUCGUUUGUUCAUUUCAUCUUAUUACUUUCGAACUUCAUUAAUUAUUCAUUAUUAUAAUUUCCGUUAAAUAAUUUGAUACUGCAAGAUUAUUUAAUAAAAGCAAGGUGUUAUAAGUCUUUUAUUUAGGUUCUUUCAAAGACGAACAGGCUUUUUAUUGUAACACAGUUAAGUUUUUUCUCCGUGCUUUAGUGGGUUUUUUUCUAGAGACAUUAAAUGUGAAACAUGGGUCUUUUGAGUGGCAUUUGUUGUAACAAUAAUCACUCGAUUUUUUUUAGGAAUUCCUUUUUUUCUUGUUUAACUGUUCAGCCACCUUCUUUAUAUGCUAAAAACCGGUUUACCUUGACUCAAAAUUCACAGAAGUCUUGCUUUCGAGAAUAACAUUUAAGACCAAUCAAUUUUUUAACAACUUGAAAAUCAUCAUUUAGGCCGCCAUUAUAUCUGCUUCAUUUUCAUACAUUUUACGAUUAAAACUUUAAAAUAUACUUAAAUGAAGAUCCCCGUAUAAGGAAAGUGAUAAAAUAAAUAUUUUAACGAAUUAAUGAAAAUAACGGACAAAAUGGUCUUGCUUCUCACGUUAUCAUUCCGUGUACCUGUACACACAUGAAAUAGUUGAACGAACAGUAGUCUUCAGGAUAAUGAGAUGAAGUUGUAUUUACCGUUAUAUUGCGACACUAUUGUCGCCGAAGUGCUGGUGUAUGUGAAAGGGAAGGAAGAUUCAAAAAACUUGUUUUUGUGUUCCCAUAAGUUCUUAUUUCAUAUCCUUCCCUGCACAUUAACAAUAAUUUUGUACGGCACCUCGUUCAAUUGUUCUGUUCGUUUUCUCCGGCACAGAGAACCUGUUACCAGAUGAACUUCACAAAAUUUUCUAGGAGGUGGGAUCAAAGUAUUAUCAAAAUGCGUGGGUUCAAUAACAUUCUUGUUCUUCUGUCUUCUUUCUAAAAUCUAGUAGCUGACAUCGUGCAAUAAAAAUAAUAAAUAAGA